AUGUCCUGCUUCAAGCCGCCCAACGAGGUUCCACGUGACGGCUGGAAGCAAGACAGUCUCGGAACAUACGCCAGCCCGACAGCAGCACGAAUCCGACGAGUGCUUGCUGUCAGCGUCGGAGUUUUCCACGCCCUCAUCGCUAUAGGCUACGGUGAUUCCAGCCUCGUAUGUCCUCAUCCGGAGAACAUAAACUCGGAGCUGUUCAGCUGGAAUUCAUACACACUGGCUUGUCUCUCGAUGAUCAUUGUCAUCGGCGGACCACUUCGGCUCACGGCCUUUGCUCAACUUGGAAAGAACUUCACUUUCCAACUUGGACCACCUGACACUUUGAUGACGGAUGGUAUUUAUCGAUAUAUCCAACAUCCUGGCUACACGGGACAAAUUGUGGUCUUGGUCGUCAACCUCGCACUGUUCUUGCGCUGGGACGGCGCAUUCGGUUGCUGGAUUCCUCAUGGCUUUCGAUCGGCAAUCAGCGGCUGGGGCCUGAUCUUUUGCUUGGUUCUCGUGUUUGGAAUUCUGCGAAGACUUAUGAUGAGGGUGAAGGAUGAGGAGAAAAUGUUAAAGGAGACAUUUGGCGAGAAAUGGGUUGCAUGGAGUCGGGUCACCGCGCGCUUCAUCCCGGGCGUCGUUUAA